AUGAUGUCAGCAUCUGAUGAUCAGUUGCAAGCAGAACUACAAGCCGAAUUACAAAGGUUUCAAAACUUUCAGAAUGGUUUGUUGAAUAGGAAUUUAAACACACCUGUAAGUGUUACCAAAGUGAUAACGAAUGGCACAGAGACAAUAAAGCCACAAACUUUACAGACAUAUUUAGAUAAUACUAUCUUGCAGGCAACUACUCUGAAGCAAUUGGUUAAAAAUGCUGAUUUCCUGAGUGCAAAGCUCGUUCAGCAUGGAUUGGCCCAGGACGUGUACCAAAAUUUUAGCACUAAUGAAAAGGUCAUGAGUCCUAGCGCAGAGAAUCCAAUUCCUAUAAUAGAUGUUAUAUCACAAUUGAAUAUUUUACCAGUCAAGAAAUUUGUUGCUAAAACAGGUACUAAUGUAGGCAAUAACGAGGGUGAAGGUUACUUAGAAUUUCAGUUGAGAAACGUUUUUGGUAAUGGUGAAUCUCUAAGACUUGAUAUGUUAAGAGGUACUGCAAAAAACUCCUCGAUGCUGGCGUCUUUUGUGAAGCCCAUAAACCCCUAUCAUGUACUGGAUCUUAACAUAUAUAAGCAUUCCAAAAAUUUGGGUAAUAUAUGCCCUUUAGAUUUGCAUUUUAAUGGUGGGAAAAUGAGCAUAAAAAGUGAAUUAGGCAACACCCAAAAGAGGAUCAAUCAAGAGUGGUUUUAUGAAGGCGUUACAAGGACUACAAAGGUUACCUCUGAUCAUGCAUCAGAUACAUUACUAUUUCAGGCAGGUACUGAUUUCAAAAGUUCAAUUGGACAUACUUACGCAAUUGACACCAGAGAUAGCGUUAUGGCACCAAAUAGAGGUAAUCUAUUCAAACUAAAUAAUGAAGUGGCACUUGGGAAAUACUGGAAGAGUCAAUUUGAGCUUUCGAAAGUGCAAAGUUGGUUUAAAAAUGAUUUCAUAACUACAACAACAACUUUGAAGGGUGGUUAUUUGGGCAACUUUCAUCCAGACAAAAAAACACUCCAUAUCAAUGACAAGUUUAUGAGUGGGGGACCAAAUGACAUCAGAAGUUUUCAAAGCUUUGGUGUGGGUCCAAAGGACUUACAGGAUGCCAUCGGUGGCGACACCUUCUUGAGUUAUGGUGUUAGUAUAUUCUCUAAAUUACCAAUAAAAAAAUUCGAAGAUUCACAUUUCAGGUUGCAUUGGUUUUUUAAUGGUGGAAAAUUAAUAAACCAUCAAAACAAGCCUGUAAUUGACACUUUACAUGAUCUGAGUCGUCAACACUCUACGUCUGUUGGUUGCGGUAUAGUUCUAAGACACCCGGUUGCCCGUUUUGAACUCAACUUCUCAUUACCGUUGACGGUAUCCACCGAGGACUCGUUAAGAAAAGGAUUUCAAUUUGGUUUGGGUAUGUCAUUUUUAUGA